AUGCCCGAAUUGUCGGAUAUUGCCUGGUUUCCUCUACAGUCCGCUGGGUCGAAAGAUGUCGCCAGUUUUACCUUUGACCCUUGCCCCAAGCCGCACAAGAGCCUCACGUUUUCCCCUCCAGAGCCUCCUCCGCGGCCUGGGAAGCGCGGAAGAGCAGUGACAGAUAUCGAUGGAGAACAUUCGUGUCUGUAUAAGAAGAAGCGUCGGCUGAGACUGUUCCUCAUCACCUCGCGAUUGUCGCCGGAAUUCUCCCACCCGGCAACCAACAUCGUGGACCGCGGGAGCUCGAAGAUUGCGAUAUGGGCGAGGCAAAAAGCGCUAGGAAGGAACCUAUUACGCAAGGCUGCGAUACUGAAUCGCAUACGGCGGCGGAGGUUGGCUGAAAGGAUCACUGAGGUGGGACUGAAUGUUGGAACCCGUCUGCCGGAGAAGCAGGAGGAGGACCAUAGGCAGCUCGAGUUGGCCAAAUUGGCGUUUGUGUACGGCAGCCACGACAUACAUACGCGGCCCAUGUUUGGGCGGAAGAGUUCGUUCCCGCCGCCCACCGUUCUUGAGAGG